CUUGCACCUUCCAUAAGUGAAUGCACUCCUUCUGUGUCCAUGGCAGGGUAGGAUUACAGCACUUCACAUUCAUCUCCAACACAUCUCUGGGGGGUAAGGACUUCUCGUGAGGAUAAGCUGUAUACAUCUUUGUCGAUGGCGGAAAUGACGGGAAGGCCUGACCUGGUGGUUUCAAUCGACUUCGGGAUGACCUUCACUGGUGUCGCGUACUGCAAUGUAGCUGCUGGCUCCGAGCAUGUCCGACACAUACAGAGGUGGCCAGGGAGAACUCAAGCAAAUGAGAAUAAGGUUCCGACAUUACUUAUAUACCCAAAAAACUCAACCCGGCCGUCAUCGUGGGGGUUUCAAGCGGAAACAGCCCAAGAGGUGAGCGGUACGGAGCACGAGAGUCGAGAGUGGUUCAAAACCAUGUUAGACGAACAGCUUCUGGAACAAAUGCGAAAGGCUGUUAGCGAUUCUGCAAGUGUCCCACAGAUUAAUGAAGUCGAGAAAUGGUACACAGACUACUUUCGGUUCCUCUAUCGAACCGUCGAAGCGCGACUGAAAAGCGAACUCACAAGUACGUGGGAAGACGCCAAAAUCGAAUUCAUCUUCUCCGUGCCUACUACUUGGAAGCCGGUACCUACCGUAGAGCGGUUUCGGAACAUCGUAUCCCUGGCUGGUUUUGGAUCGUGUCCAAGUCAUAUCGCCUCUAUUGGGUUGACCGAAGCUGAGGCUGCAGCCGUCCAUACAGCACGCAACAUGCCAGGCAUUUUCAAGGAGAACGAGAUUCUGUUCGUCUGCGACGUCGGCGGCGGCACGACAGAUCUGUCGGUGUUCCGGGUGAAGAACACCCUUGGGGUAUCACUCAACCUCGAACAAAUCGAUGUGGUGUUUGGCGCAACCAUUGGCGCUGCACAACUCGACAGCCUUUUCGAGAAAGCCGCCCUGGAGCGAUUGCAGUAUGCGAAUGGACUCCGUUCCAUGAACCUAGGAGAUCUCAGCCAAGCCGCAUGGGAAAUGAGGAUUAGUAAGGAGUACCAGAACGCAAAGUGCGACUACGGCUCUGAGGAGUCUUUCGCUGAUACUCCUACGUUUGCGGUACGCGUUCCUAGACUUGAUAAAGGCUAUGUCAACCACCAGUACGGAAUAAGCGACGGUGAUAUGCACUUCCGAAGGGAUGAUCUCAAGGCCUUCUUCGACGUCCAAAUUUCCAAGCUCUUCGAUAUGAUCGAUAAGCAGCUCGUCCGUCUAUUGCAGAAGCAUCCCAAUCAACAAGUUGCCCAUCUAGUCUUAUCUGGUGGCUUAGGCAAUUCCGCGUACCUACAAACAUGUUUACACAGUCGAUAUGCGUCUGGAAACACGUCACACUGUAAUGCCAGCAGUAUGCAGAUACGCGUGGCACCGGAUCCACAGCUGGUCGUCUGCAAGGGCAAUGUCGCUGAUCGCGUGCAAAAGCUUAAUAGUGGCCAAUCAGUCCUCGGUUGGCGAUGUUGUCGUGCGUCUUACGGAACGAUGUGUAAGAUGCUGCAUGAUCCGGAGAACCCACAGCACUUCGGUCUAAGGACAGAACGUGAUGCACUCGACGGGAAGCUGUAUGUCAUGGAUUGCAUUGACUGGUUCAUCAAGCAGGUAGGACCAUUCAAACAUUAACUUGGAUGGAUGAGCAAGCUGAAAGAAAGCAGGGCGAGCCGGUAUCAAGCGACUUCCCCAUUGUCAAGAGUUUCACUCGCAAGUGCCUUCCAGCGUCUGCACUGAUACCCGAUCCACCGCGCGUUUUCCCAACCGAAGUAGUCUGUUCUGAGGUGGACAAGAGUAUGCUACCAAUAGUCAUGAA